AUGUCAAUUUUCCGUUACAUCUAUCUCCGAUUCGUAGUCCUCAUCCUGCGAGGACUAGUAAAGCUACGAGCAAACAUCGACCCGUCCCCCGAUUUCAUUGAGCAUAUCCCAUCUCGAGAGCCACAUCGGACCAUCAAAGCCCAUGUAUAUCGAUCAAAAGAAGAAGUCGAGGAAUCAAAACCAAGACCUGUCUUGAUAAACUUCUUCGGUUCAGGCUAUACACUCCCUCUCCAUGGAAGUGACGAUCGAUUCUGUCGCGAAAUAAGCCAACGAACAGACUGUGUAGUCUUGGACGUUUAUUAUCGACUCGCUCCGGAGAAUCCAUUCCCAGCACAGUUACACGACGCAGAGGAUGUCGUGAAAUGGGUUCUUGGACAGCCUUCUGUGUUUGAUUGUUCGCGUAUUUCUCUCUCUGGGUUCAGCUCCGGAGGAAAUCUUGCGCUUUCAACUGUUUCUUCGACAUUUCCAACUGACACCUUCCACUCUGUCCUGACCUUUUAUCCUGGUACUGAGUGUUAUCGUGAUCCGGGAACUUUGGUAUCUCCACAGGCUGGUGGGAGGCCAAUCCCACCCUCUAUAAUGCGUGUUUUCUGGGGAUGCUGGAUUCCAGAAGGGGUUGAUAUGAGGGACCCGCGAAUUUCUCCCGGUCUUGCGGAUUCGGCGAGGUUUCCUCGUAAUGUUUUGAUGAUUACAGCUGGUUACGAUUAUCUGGCUGAGGAAAGUGAACGAUUUGCAGAGAAGCUUCGACGUGAUCUUGAUCGACGUGUGGUUUGCGAACGGAUGGAUCGAUGUAAUCAUGGAUGGGACCAGAAGGCUGAGCCGGGAACACGAGAAUGGGACUUGCGAUGUAAAGCAUAUGAUAUAGCUGUGGAGAUUCUGAACUCAUAG